AUGAGUUCACAGAUUAAUGAUGUUUUAAGAAAUGAAACAAUCUACUAUCGAAAAUCUCAUCUUCUCAGAAAAACUACUAAUCAAUAGAAAAAGUUAUUUAGAAGGGAAUUGAUUUAAGACAGUUUAAAUGAACCUACACAUCCAAUUAAUUAUUUAAUAAAAAACCAGGAUGUCUUUGUUCCCUUUAUACAUGAAAGAAACAGUUUAGGUCAUCUGAUUAAAAAACCCAAUUUAUCAUCUAAUAGAGAAAUCACUAAUAAAUAAUUAGUAAAAUCAUCACUAAAAUUACCAAGAAAUAAAUAAUUUUGUACAUUCCAAUAAACUGACCCUCCUAACUCAAAUCGAUCAUAUGGAUAAAAGAUUAAAACUCAAUCAACUACAGAUUCAUUUUAUUCUUUCUUUACACUUAACAAGUGCAAUCCAAGUAUCUUACUAAAGUCCAAAAACAGCGAACCAUUUAGUUUUAGAAAAUCAUUUUAUUAAAAAUAACUAUGA